AGCCCAACCCAUUUAAAGAGAAAGGUUAUGUUGGAGCUACAUAAAUAGCUCCAUUAGCCAUUCAUUUCUCUCUUAAUGAACUCUUGAAUCACUUGAGAAGUUGAGAGAGUUUUAAAGAACUUGUGUGAAUCCAAAGAGGUAAAUUAGAAAUUUUUGUGAAAAAUUUCUUUACUUAUCAUUCUCUUUGAUCUUCUUAGUCAUAAGUGGUUUCGGGUGAACCAACUCGACAUCCUACACUUGGAGGAUUAUACGGCGGGAAACCUAAUGGUGAAAUUGGAUUUCAUCUAAGUGGUAACCUUUUGUUUUUGCCUUCAAUUUUGUUAAACCAUAAUUUCUGAAAAACAAGAUACCUGCAAACUAAAUUUUAAUUUCGUUACGCAUAUAAUAAGAUCUAUGAAAUCCCAACAGUAAUUGCACUUAGGAAAUUUUUCAAGUGAAAGAGAGAUAAAAAGUGGGAUUUAAAUGUGUAAUUUAUUUAUUAUUAUAGUAUAAUAUAUUGUUAUAUAUAUGUGUAUGUGUCUAUACGUGUGUGUGAGUGAUGGUCGCCCAUGACUUGCAACUUCAAGCUAUGCCCUGCAAACAUGAUGGCCAUUUUUUAUAAAUUAGGGUGUUCUCAACAUAACGAAGGAUGGGCAUGGCAGGCUUAAGGCAAUGGAAAUGCUUAUAAAUAGAAAGGGAGAAUUUGAGAGAGAUGAAGAAAAACAGUAAGGGAAAUAGAAAGUUUGAGAGAAAGCUUGGCCGAGAAGAAUGGCAACGAUGAAGGUAGAGGCUAGGCAGAAGCGACGGAGAUUGAAAAAGUGAGAUGGAGGGUUAAUUGUGGGUGACAGCUGAAAGGGCGGCAAUGGUCGCAAGCAACCAGCACACAACAGUCAUGAUCGGCAGCCAUGGCAAUGGCUGGAAGCGGCCGCAAUAGGGGCUAGUGGCAGAGUAGCUGAGGUGGGAGGUGACCAAUGGUGAGGUUGUGGCUAGCAAACGCGUAAUAGCGCGGUGGUGCUAGGUGGCGGUUGGCCAUGAUGGCUGGUUGCAGCGGUGUGCAAGCAGGGACCAUAAUAGUGAUGGCAGAAGCCACAUGGGCGUGGGCGACUGCCGGUGAGGCCGGCGACGGCCAAUGGAAGUCGAAGUGGCAGUCGGCUACGGCGAGCAUGCGACAGUUGGUGGCCACGGGAGUUGUUGGUUGUACAUUGUAGGAAGCAAGAGAAAAGAAUAAGAAGAAAAUAAAAAUAAAAAAAGAAAAAAGAAAAGAAAUAGGAAAAAUAUGAGGAAGUCUCCGAAAAUUCUAGGAAUUUAUUUGGGGAUUGAGGAGUAUGCCUAGAGCCAGGAAUUUGAUCUAGCAUGCGUUUCAAGAUUAGGGCACGUAUACUGAUGAAACCUAAGAGGUUAAGUUAAAGUGAGUAAAAUUUUAAAAAAUCAGAAAAGUUAUUUUAAUGAAUUGUUAUAGAGAAAUAUUUAGUUUGGAUUUAUUGAAAAAAAAUAAGAAUAAAUAAAGGAAAGUUAUGAGAAAAUUAAGAAAAAUAGAAUGUGGAUAUCCUUGAAUAAAUAUGAUGGCCAGGGUACGUUUGUAAUACCCAGAACUUAUGGAUUAUUUUUAAAUAAGAACGAAGAAAAAAAUACGAAAUUUUAAAGGAAUCGAUAUUAGAAUAGCCCAUGAAAAUGAUCGAAUAAGUCAAAGGGAAUGCCCAGGAACGCAGAAACCUAAGGAAAUGGGUAUGACCCUAACGAACACCUUGAAAUAUGAUUUAUGGCAUUAAAAUAAAUAGAAUCAGAGACGAUUUUCGAUACAACUUCAUAUUAGGCUAAAAAAUUGAAUUGUCGUAAAAGACUUUUGAAAAGACAAUGAAACUUUCAAAUAAGUCAAAUAUUACAUAAGGAACAACCCUUAAGUGGUCCCGAGAUAAAACAAGGGGGUUUCGCAAUCAAAACGUAAUUCUGGGCUAAAGUGUAAUUUUUGAAAAAGUCUUGAGGGAGGUCGAAACAACAUUAUUUCUAAAAAUUAGGGGGGUCAAAUGAAAAGGUUAGAACAUGAGGGUCUCAAUGAAAGUUUUGAAAAACUCAGGGGCCUUGUGGAAAGGGCCAAAAUUCAUUUCAAAAUUUGAGAGGGGUCAAAGUGCAAUUUCAAAAAAAAUUAGGCAGCCAUGGCUGACCAAGCUUUCGGCCACCCAUUCCAUCACCGCUUUUGGCCACAGGAAACUCAAGAAAAAUGGCUAAGGGACCUCUGGGCUUGGCCUAGAGCCAUCCAUAGCCAACAAAAGGGAUCGAAACGAACUAGAAUUUAGCUAAAAAGUGGCCGAAAGUUGGCCACUGUAAAUCAGUUUUAGGGCCAUUUUUCAGUUAGUUUGGACAGAUCUAGGGCAUGAGAAGGCAUUAGUGACCUUGGGUGAAGCAAGAUUCGUCAUUCAAGGGCUAGAUUCUAAGUAUAAAAUGAUACUCAAAGUGGUCGAUUUCUUUUAAAGUUGAAGCUCGAAAUCGGGCACGUUAUAGGGCAAAUCGAGCAUCAAGAAUAAGGGGCUUUGGCUCUUGAGUUUGUGAGGAUCUUUUCCUGAAAUUUUGAUGGUCUUUCGUGUAGUUUUGAUAGGGUUUCAAGGGAUCGUCGGAGUUGAAGGCAAGAUAGUUUGGUUGAACCUGUAACUGGCCAGUUGGGGCACAUCCGGACCUCCUUUCAAGCAUCCAAAACAACCAUUAGGAUCGACUAACAAGGAGCUUCAAGGCUGUGUAGCUGGCUUCAUCAUCGAUGAUCACGGGGGUUGGAGAAAACGACUGGCGCGUGAAGUUCACGCGCCAAUCAUCACACACAGCUACUCAUCUUCACGAGUGCGGGCGUGUGGCCUAUUAGGUAAUUUUAAUUUUUUUUAAUAUUUUUCAAAUUUUAUUUUAGGAAUUAUUGUGAAAAAAUAUUUGAGAAAAUAUGCAAAUAGGUAUUUAUUUUGGAAUAUUAGUGAAUAAAAAUUAGAGAAAAUAGAGAAAAAAAAAUAGGGUUUAACAUUUAUUUGGAUAAAUAUGAUGAAUAUGGUGUUUUGUGGGUCAAAUUGAGUGAUUUUUCGACUUUUGAGGCUUAACAUAUAAAUCAAGAUAGUACACGCUUUUUGAGGUGGUUUGAAUCUUAAGUUAAAAGGUGAGUGGUUCUCCUCAAAGCUUAUAUAUUACCUGAUUGCUUAUAUUAUGCAUAAUACUAAUGAAAAUUAUGAUCAUUUUGUCAUAUUUUCUCAUAUACUAUUGCAUAGAAAGUCAUAAUUUUCGCAUGGCACGAUAUUAUUGGCAUAUUGAUACUCGUGCAUGUGAUUGGAAUGUCACCUUGAUAGUGUAGCCGUAAUUCCCCAAAGACAAUUAAGGGAACAAUGUUAAGAUUAUCCUGAAAGUAGGUUGGGAUUCUGCCUAGGGUUCCGUGACAAGCUGAUGGGCCAGGAAAGUUACACUAGGGCAUAUGUUCAUUCUCGUUACUGCAUGCAUUCACGUAACUGUCAUUUUAACCCUCACUUAGAAGAUCCAUCUUCUAAUGUUAGACGUAUGUCCCUGAAAUAUUCCACAUUCUAAGCGAGAUGACUAGUUGGAAAGGCAAAUGUGUGGUUGAAACGUGAUCAUGAUAGAAGUUUUUGUGGGCCUUAUGUAGGGUUAAGUAUCAAUCAUUUUAGUCAUUUAUGUUAUGUUGUUUUAUUAGUUAUUGUAAUGAUGUGAGGGGCAAACGAUAUGUAUGAACCCGUGUAUGUUAUGGUUUUUCAAGUUUUGAUUCUGUUUCCGCUGGUGAUUAUGAAUUUCAUUUCCUUAGUACUAAUUUUGGGAAUGUUAUUAUUAUCCGAAUGUGUUGAGAAUUUUAAUUUGAUUCAUAUAUAUAUAUAUAUAUAUAAAUCCUAACAUAUAAUAUAACACCCUUAAGAGGCUAAGGUGUUACAACAUUGAGGUUCCGAAUUGAUUACGUUAGAACUCUAGCACGAGAAUCAAGAUAUUCUGAUAUUCAUUGGAGGUAAGUGGUUCAACCCUAAACCCAAUUUUAUAUAAAUGGUUUUAUCAUGUUUUAUGUCUUGAAGUGAAUAUGUCAUGUAGAUUACAUUUCCAUGCUAUGAUGAAAUGUGCAUACAUUCAUGAUGAUAUUAUUGGGCAUGCAUUGCACAUGGUUUGGAAUUAUUGAUUGGCACCGCUACUCUACCAAGGGUGCACCCAUACAUCUCGCCUUGGUAAGGAGGUUGUAAAAAUGGGGAACAACAGUUGGGUGCGGUCAACUCAAACUAGAAAUGAAUGAUGACAUUUUGCAUUUUGCAUUCAUGCACGAAAUAUGUUUAUUGUUCCCUUACUUAAAUGAUUCAUCAUCUAACUUGGGCUUUGCACCUGAAAUAUUCAAACAUUUCAGAUAGAAAUUGUAACAGAAACGAGGAUGAAUAAAGGCAUGAAAUGACACUUAGCAAAAUGUAUGAUGAAUUGAGUGUAUGUUUUGUAGCCCAUGUAUUUAAGUUCUGUUAUUUUGAAUUUUGAAUGUUUUGAGAAAUAAUGAUGUAUAACCUUAUUUAUGGUUAAUGUUAAAGUUAAGGUUCGAUUGUAGCUUCCGCAUUUGAUGUAUAUGAUGAUUCUCUUUCGAGAUAGAUGUAUGAAAAUUUUGGAAUGGAUAUGAGGAAUGAUAUAGUUUAGCAUUAGUAUUGAAGAAAAAAAAUUAUUAUCCCAGAAUUAUUCUAAGUUAUAACAUGCCUGAGAAAGUGGGGUGUUACAAUUAGUAUCAGAGCGAAAUUUUAUUUGGCGACUUAGGGAUUGUUGAUGGUUUAGAGAUUGUUGAUUUAGAACAAAUUUGAAGGAAUGAAAGGAUAGGAAUUGAAGGAUUCAUUUGUCGAUUAAAGAUUAUUAGUACUUACGAUGAAUGAUAGGGUAAAUGAUAGUUAUCAAGAAUGGUCAAAUCAUGGAUGGUUCGUAAAAUGAAGUCCCUACUUAGAGGAUCGGGGAUUGUCAGUUGAAGUCUUAGAAGUUAUUAAUGUGAGGAUAUUGACUUUGUUAAGGGUACAGUUGGUCAAAAUGACCUAGCUAUUAAAGUUAGGGUCCGAUAAUAUGGUUCAAAUGCAAGGUUGAUUUAGUAAAUAUGAUUAUGGACCCAGGAGAUUAGGAGAUUGUUGAUUUGAGGUCACUAGUUGAAAUGAUUGAGUCAUAGACAGUUAGUUUGAUGUAACAUAACCUAGCUGUCAAGAAUAGGUUCAAGAAUGAAUGAUAUGAAUCAUCAGGAUUUGAAUGUAAGAAUAAAUUAGCGAUUCUAAAAAUGAAAUGUGUAGAUUGAGAACCCUAGGGUUUGGAUCAAGGUAAAAAGAUAUGAUGACAUACUUAGAUAUUUCCAUUUUAAGGAUAGAAAAAUAGCAUUAGCUAAGAUGAUGGGUCCAAGUCCCAAUGGACUAGGGUGCGAGGUGUGCUACUAGCUUGUUGAGCGAGGCAGGAGGCCUAGGGAAUCAACCCAAAAUAAGAUGAAUCGUAUUGUGGAGACACGAUCUAGGGAGAAAGAAGCAAGUAAUGUCUUGAAUGUGGACUGUGUGUCCUAUUUAAAGAAUUGCAUUUGGGUUCAUGGUUAUCUUGUGAGUUGGUUAUGAGAUGAGCAUUGUGAGGCUCAAGGGGUAGAUUAAUCUCGGUAUCUAGUGUGGCAUGCUAGUGGGAUUAUGAGAUGGGUCAUUUUUAGCAUAUGCCUCGAGGAUAGAGUUGGGUUACAUGAAAGGGCUAUCCAAUGUGUAAAGUGGAUAUGGUAGAUUUGAUGUAUGCUCAUGAGUCGUAUAGGCACUACCUGUUCAGUGAUGUGAUCACUAGCAACGAGGACCUAAGGUGUCAAUUUUUGCAAAAGGAGUUAGACAUGUGGCAGCGACAGUGAAUGAUAAUUCCUGAAGGACUAUGACGAGACCAAUCAAUUUCACCCGGGGCAUACCCAUGUAGGGGUCAACGCUUGAUGUAAGAGUAAGCCCACUAUGUGACAAGGAUUAGGGUGAUAGCUUGCUGGCUAAUAGUGAGUGUAAUGCCUGGGAGAAACUAAUUUAAUGGUCGUAGGCCGAUAGUCAGAUGGAUCUAAAGAAUGAAAUACGAGAGGCAGUGGAAUCUGAGUGAGUGAGAUUUCAAGUAGUAGAGCAUGGCUAGUCAAAAGCCUUGACAAUAAAUUGUAAGAUGGUAAUCUCAGUUCAAAGUAAAGUUUGUGUACUUAAACACAAGAGUUGCUUGUUAGGCCGUAUUGAUCAUGAAGGUAAUGAUGAGAGACCUAGUCAACAGAGCUUAUGACUACGGUUCAAUGUGCCAAGUAGGCUUGAGAAUUCAGAGGUCUGGGAGAAAAGACAAGUGAAUAAGUUGUGGGACCUAGGUCGUUAUUGAGAUUUAAGGUAUACUUAGGUAAAGAAUCCCUGGAGGUUCUUGAGGUUUGGCUAAUCACAAGUUUAUAGAAAAUUGUCAAAACCAAUUAACGUGAUUUGAUUCGGGAUCUUCAGAGAUAAAUCGGUUUGGGAUUUUCGAGGAAUUUCCUUAAAGGAAUUAUUUUUAAGAGCCAUUGAGAAAUUAAGGAUUCGUGGUAAAAACUUCAGAGUUUUUCAGGAAGGAAUCCAUCAAGGAUUGAAGUAUUAUAGGUGAAGUAGUACCUACCUACUCUAGCUGGUGGUACGGAUAUGGAUUGAUGCCUUUAAGAUUAUGUGAAUCUUUGACGUACCAGGAUAACAAGUUGCCAUAGAAAAAGCUGCGUUUUCAAAAUCUAUCAGAGAUCCAAGAUUUUUAAUUUUGGAAAAUGACUCUUGUAGGGCUAGACGGUUAGCCAAGUUAACCCUAGUGGACAAAUCGUGAGAUGUAUAACUGAACAAUCGUUAAAGUGAAGUUAACGAGUGAUGAUUAUAAGGAGUCUGUGUGUAAUAUUCCAAAUUUUUUAAAAUGCUCAAGAGUAAUUUUAACGUGAGCCAUAGGUGAAAUUAUCAAAAGAUUAAGAACUUAAGCAUAUUUUUUUACAAUUAUAAGUGUCGGAUCGAAUGCAGAGAAUGUCUCAGAGUGUAAAUGUUUAAGAAAAAUGAUAUGAUCUCAAUGAGUGUUUCGAGAUAGGAUUUAUGGUAUUAAACAAAAUCAGAAUUGAGACGUUUUUCGGUAUAGCUAAAACACAAUUUUGAUUUAGGCUAAAAAAUCGAAUUAUCAUAAGGGACUUCUGGGAAGUCAACAGAACCCUGGGGGGCUCUAGUUUUUCGUAAGGAUUAACCCUAAGGUGGUUUCGGGAUGAAACUAUAAACCAGUGAGGACACUAGGGGGAAAUUGUUCAUAUCGAGUAAGUCUUAAGUUAUUAAUUUUGUAUUCUCAAUGUCAUAAUGCAAAUUAAUUGGACGUUAGAUGGUGUAUUUGUAAUUUAAGAAAUUCUCAAGUGUAAAUAAGAUAAAUUAUGGGGAUUAAAUGUGUGAAAUAUAUAUAUGUAUAUGCAUGCGCAUAGGCGUGGGGAGCAACAUGAUGGAAUUAACUCUUCGUUUGAGAGCAAUUAGCGUCGAAAGACUUCACAGAGACAGAGAUAUUGGUCAGGGGUGGUUGGCCAAGGCAAGUGAUGGAUGGUUUCUCUAUAAAUAAGGGAAGAGAGGAAGCUAAAUGGAUGAAGAAAUGGGAAGAAACACAGAGAGCAUAGUUGAGAGAAUGAGAGCAAAGAGAGAAGAAAGUUGGGCAAUGGACGGUGGCUGGAAGCAGCUUGCGGUAACCAUGGCCGCAAGCACCCAACAAGCUCGAGUGAGCUAGUCGGCGAGUAGGGGAAGCGGCGAAGCUAUAACAAUGCAUAGGGGUGGCCGGUUGGCUGGGGGCUGCCCAAAACCACAACAGCAACCAGUCGUGGCUGCAAGCAACAGCCAAGGAUGGUGCAACAAUUGGCAACGACGGUUGGUGCGUGGGCGGCAGGUGGGUAUAGUGAGUCGUUUUCUCUCUAACCCUGGAAAUAAAUAUUGGGAAGCAGUCAAAUGGAUUCUCAAGUACUUAAAAGGUACACCAAAAACAUGUCUUUGUUACGAGGGAGUUAAUCAAAUCUUGGAAGGAUAUACGAAUGCUGAUAUGGCAAGAGAUCUUGAUGAUAGAAAAUCUACUUUAGGAUUUCUCUACACUUUUGCAGAUGAGCCAUUUCAUGACAAUCAAGAUUGCAGAAAUGUGUUGCUCUAUCCACAACACACUACAAAAAAAAUAGUUUUUAGCGAUGGAAUUUAGUGACAGAAUAAUUCCAUCACUAAUUAACGACGAAAAUUUCGUUCCUAAUUUUUUAAUUUAACGACGGAAUUAGUGAUGAAAAAAUAUGUCACUAAUUUUUUUAAUAUUUUUAAUAAAUUUAAAAAUUUAGCGACAGAAAAAUCUGUAGCAAAAAAGAAAAAAAUAAAUUAAAAAAGAAAAAAAAUAGCGACGAGGGUAUACCCAUAGCUAAAAAAGAAAAAAAUAAAUUAAAAAUUUAGCGAGGGGAUACACCCAUCGUUAAGAAAGAAAAAAAAUUAAAAAUUUAGCGACGGGGUACACCUGUCGCUAAAAAAAUAAAUAAAUAAAUUAAAAUUUUAAUGUUUAACAACGAAGGUACACUUGUCAUAAAAAAAGAAAAUAAUAAUAAAUUAAAAAUUAAAAAUUUAGCGACGGGAGUACACUCGUUGCUAAAAAAGAAAAAAAUAAAUUAAAAUUUAAUAUUUAGCAAUGGGUGACGGGGGUACACCCGUAACUAAAAAAGAAAAAAUAAAUAAAUUUAAAAUUUAGCGACUAGAGUACACCCGUAACUAAAAAAAAAAAAUUAAAAAUUUAGUGAUGGGAGUACACCCAUCGCUAAAAAAAUAAAUUAAAAUUUUAGUAUUUAGCGAUAGAGGUACACCUGUCAUUAAGAAAGAAAAAAUAAAUAAAUUUAAAAUUCAAAAUUUAGUGACAAGGAUACGCCCGUCACUAAAAAAGAAAAAACAAAUAAAUUCAAAAUUUAGGGAAAGGGGUACAAUCAUGGCUAAAAAAGAAAAAACUAAAUUCAAAAUUUAAAAUUUAGCGACUCAGAUAUACCUGUCACUAAAAAAAAAAGUUAAAUUCAAAAUUUAGUGACGGGGGUAUAUUCGUCACUAAAAAUAGAAAAAAAAUUAAAUUUAAAAUUCAAAAUUUAGCGAUAGGUUAUACUCGUUGCUAAAAAAAAAAUUAAAUUCAAAAUUUAGCGAUGGGGUUAUGUUUGUUCCCGUCGCUAAAAAUAAAAAAAAAUAAAUUAAAAAUUUAAUGUAAAAUUAAAAUAAAUAUUCAUUAAUUUACAAAAUUAAUAAAAUAUAAUAUUAUAAGAGAAUUUUUCGUUACUAAUAUAAUAAUUUAUAAACUUCUAUUUGAAUUAAUAAUGAAAUAAAAUAAAUAGAUAUUAAAAUUAAAAUUAAUAUUCAUUUCCCUCUACUAACAUUAAUAUUAAAAUUAAUAUUCAUUAAAUAAGUUUGGUAAACUUUGGAGUGUAAAUAUAAUUCUAUAAAGUUUGAAAGAAAAUGCUAUAAAUAUAAUUUAUACACUUUAAUAACCAAUGAGGCUUCUAGAUUGGCUGGUUCGCACGCGCAUAUAAAGGUUCUUGAUCCUGGGAGGUUGGCUAUUUGACGCGGCCACUCAACGUGCGCAUGAAGGGAGGGCAGGGGCUAACGCGCAUUAAAUUUUGCGACAUGCACUGAAUUUAGUAAUGGAAAUUCCGUAGCUAAAUUCAGCGACGGAAAGGUACUCAUCACUAAAUCCAUUGCUAAAAAAAUUAACGAUGAAAUUUUUCAUCUCUAAAACAUUGAUUUUUUAUAGUAAUAGAAUCUGAAUAUAUUGCAGUAGCAGAAGUUGGGAAAGAAAUGUUGUGGUUAAAACGUUUUCUCCAAAAACUUGGGAUUAGGCAGGAGAAUUACAAGAUACAUUGUGAUAAUCAAAGUAUUUUGGAUUUGAGUAAGAAUUCAAUGUAUCAUUCUCAUACAAAGCACAUUGAUAUUCGCUAUCAUUGGAUAUACGAAGUGUUGGAUUAAUAACUAUUGAGACUAGUGAAGAUCUAUACGAAGGAGAAUCCAAUUGAUAUGUUAACAAAUGUAGUUACUUGAGAAAAAUUAGAGUUAUGCAGAGACAUAAUCAGGAUGCUUGUUAGAUGACAAUUGAUCUGGAUAUGACUGAAAAUGGAGAAUUGAAGAAGUCAGUCGCAUAUUCUCUGUCUUGUUAGGCAAAUUAGGAAGCCUUGUCUUGUCAGACAGAAGCUAGGCUAUUUUGGCAUAUUAGUUUGACAUGUUAGCCAACUUGACUAAUUUUGUUGACUUGCUUUGUCUUGCAUUUCUUAUAACUAGCCUUCCCCUUUCUUGUACGAGAUAUAUUGGAGAGGAUUUCGAACUUGAGUGGAUUCAGAGAGAAUCCAAGACCUUCAUUUCCCAGUUCAAAGCAAACCCAUCAAGCUUCAGACAAAGGCCUCAUCGAUGUCUAAGCCAAGGUUGGAAGGCAAGGUGGCGCUUAUCACCGGCGCCGCCAGCGGCAUCGGCGAGGAGGCGGUCCGGUUGUUCGCGGCCAACGGAGCUUGCGUCGUUCUGGCCGACGUUCAAGAUGAACUGGGUCGUGGAGUGGUUGAAUCCAUGGCGUCGGAGAAAGUUGCUUAUCGUCACUGCGAUGUGAGGGACGAGAAGCAAGUGGAGGAAACGGUGAAAUACGCCAUGGAGAAGUUCGGGAAGCUGGACAUCUUGUUCAGUAAUGCCGGAAUAAUAGGGCCGUUGACGGGGAUUCUUGAGCUGGACAUCGAAGGGCUCGACAACACCAUGGCCACGAACGUGCGCGGCGUGGCGUCGACGAUGAAGCACGCUGCUCGAGCCAUGGUGGCCAGGCAGAUACGGGGAUCCAUCAUCUGCACUACCAGCGUGGCGGCGAGCCUCGGCGGCGCCGGCCCCCACGCCUACACGGCGUCGAAGCACGCCCUCGUGGGGCUCGUCCGGGCCGCUUGCAGCGAGCUCGGCGCGUACGGGAUACGAGUGAAUUGCGUCUCCCCGUUUGGCGUCGCGACGCCGCUUUCGUGCAAGGCGUACAAUCUGGAGCCGGAGGAAGUCGAAGCAAGUAGCAGCGCGGUGGCCAACUUGAAGGGGGUGGUGUUGAAGGCCAGCCAUGUGGCGGAGGCGGCUCUGUUUCUGGCUUCCGAUGAGGCGGCGUAUAUCAGCGGCCAAAACUUGGGCGUGGACGGCGGCUUCACGGUGGUGAACCACAGCUACUCCGCCUUCUAGUUGAGUUGCGUUGCACUAUUAUUGUUUAGACUGCGAAGCGCCACCACCAAUAUUAUUUUAAGGAUGUUUGCAAUUUUAGGGUAUAUCACAUCAAAAAGUCACAAAAUUUUAGUGUAUCAUUAAACUUCAAUUUUUUUGUAAAGUAAUCACAUAUUUUUAAAA